AUGGACGUUCGCAAGCAAGACCCUACGAAAGACGGCUCGAGAACUCGCAUUCGAUCGGUGUAUUCAGAUGCGAAUGGAAGAAUUGCAAUUGCGAUUGCGGCCAAACCUUCAACCGGAAGGGAGAUAGGGACCGCCAUGUCGAUACGCAGCAUCUCGAGCGUUAUCCUGUUGCUUGUCUGGCCUGUGGCGCUGUAUUUAAACGACGGGAUAACCUCGACCAUCAUUGGAAGACUGUACAUGGUGGUAAUGAUAGCCUGUUGGCUGCAAGAGGCGGAUUGGGUUAGACUAUUGCGCGAGAUAUUCGAUCGUUUAGGGUUAUUCGGUAGGAGGCUAGAUAUCGGGUUUGGGUUUGGUUAG